AUGGAGAGAAAUAUGCCAACAGAGUUAGAGGAUACACAGCCUUACAACCAACAGAGAAAGAGGAUACACAGCCUUACAGCCGACAGAGAAAGAGGAUACACAGCCUUACAGCCAACAGAGAAAGAGGAUACACAGCCUUACAGCCAACACACCAACAGAGUUAGAAGAUACACAGCCUUACAGCCAACAGAUAAGAGGAUACACAGCCUUACAGGCAACAGAGUUAGAGGAUACACUGCCUUACAGCAAACAGAGAAAGAGGAUUCACAGCCUUACACCCAACAGACCUUACACCCAACAGAGAAAGAGGAUACACAGCCUUACACCCAACAGAGAAAGAGGAUACACAGCCUUACAGUCAACAGAGUUAGAGGAUACACAGCCUUACAGCCAACAGAGAUAGAGGAUACACAGCCUUACAGCCAACAGAGUAAGAGGGUACACAGCCUUACAGCCAACAGAAUUAGAGGAUACACAGCCUUACAGCCAACAGAGUUAGAGGAUACACAGCCUUACAGCCAACAGAAUUACAGCGUUAGAGGAUACACAGCCUUACAACCAACAGAGAACGAGGAUACACAGCCUUACAGCCAACAGAUUAGAGGAUACAUAGCCUUACAGCCAACAGAUUUAGAGGAUACACAGCCUUACAGCCAACAGAGAAAGAGGAUACACAGCCUUACAGCCAACAGAGUUAGAGGAUACACAGCCUUACAGCCAACAGAGUUAGAGGAUACACAGCCUAUCAGCCAACAGAGAAAGAGGAUACACAGCCUUACACCCAACAGAGAAAGAGGAUACAAAGCCUUACACCCAACAGAGUUAGAGGAUACACAGCCUUACACCCAACAGACCUAUCAGCUAACAGAGUUAGAGGAUACACAGCCUUACACCCAACAGAGAAAGAGGAUACAAAGCCUUACAGCCAACAGAGUUAGAGGAUACACAGCCUUACAGUCAACAGAGUUAGAGGAUACACAGCCUUACAGCCAACAGAGGAAGAGGAUACACAGCCUUACAGCCAAUAGAGUUAGAGGAUACACAGCCUUACAGGCAACAGAGUUAGAGGAUACACAGCCUUACAGCCAACAGACCUUACAGCCAACAGAGUUAGAGGAUACACAGCCUUACAGCCUACAGAGAAAGAGGAUACAUAGCCUUACAGCCAACAGAGUUAGAGGAUACACAGCCCUACAGCCAACAGAGUUAGAAGAUACACAGCCUUACAUGCAACAGAGAAAGAGGAUUCACAGCCUUACAGCCAACAGAGUUAGAGGAUACACAGCCUUACAGCCAACAGAGAAAGAGGAUACACAGCCUUACAGCCAACAGAGAAUGAGGAUACACAGCCUUACAGCCAACAGACCAACAGAGUUAGAGGAUACACAGCCUUACACCCAACAGACCUAUCAGCUAACAGAGUUAGAGGAUACACAGCCUUACACCCAACAGAGAAAGAGGAUACAAAGCCUUACAGCCAACAGAGUUAGAGGAUACACAGCCUUACAGUCAACAGAGUUAGAGGAUACACAGCCUUACAGCCAACAGAGGAAGAGGAUACACAGCCUUACAGCCAAUAGAGUUAGAGGAUACACAGCCUUACAGGCAACAGAGUUAGAGGAUACACAGCCUUACAGCCAACAGACCUUACAGCCAACAGAGUUAGAGGAUACACAGCCUUACAGCCUACAGAGAAAGAGGAUACAUAGCCUUACAGCCAACAGAGUUAGAGGAUACACAGCCCUACAGCCAACAGAGUUAGAAGAUACACAGCCUUACAUGCAACAGAGAAAGAGGAUUCACAGCCUUACAGCCAACAGAGUUAGAGGAUACACAGCCUUACAGCCAACAGAGAAAGAGGAUACACAGCCUUACAGCCAACAGAGAAUGAGGAUACACAGCCUUACAGCCAACAGACCAACAGAGUUAGAGGAUACACAGCCUUACAGCCUACAGAGAAAGAGGAUACACAGCCUUACAGCCAACAGAGUUAGAGGAUACACAGCCCUACAGCCAACAGAGUUAGAAGAUACACAGCCUUACAUGCAACAGAGAAAGAGGAUUCACAGCCUUACAGCCAACAGAGUUAGAGGAUACACAGCCUUACAGCCAACAGAGAAAGAGGAUACACAGCCUUACAGCCAACAGAGAAAGAGGAUACACAGCCUUAUAGCCAACAGAGUUAGAGGAUUAUAG